AUGGCAAGUAAUAGGAAAAUAAAUAAAAAAAUAGAAACCUUUGAUAACAAUAUAACUAAUCGAGGAAAUGUCCCAACCUCUAUUGCCAAAAAGGGAAAGAAAUAUACAGUAGGACCCAUACUACUUGGAAUAUUUAUUUUUAUUGUAAUUGGGUCAGUUGUUAUCCAAAUAUUGAAUAUAUUAAGCAAAUCAAAAAGUUAUUAA